CCGGCCCAUUACUGAAAGAGCUUCUUCUCUCUCACUUUAUCGUUUUCGUUUCUUUAAUCCCUUCCUUCAAUUUCCGCUUCCUCUUCUUCUUUCUUCAAACUACCAUUACACCAAGGUUCUCCUCAUCUUGGUAGAUACAAAAGGAUAUGGCACCUCAAUUGGUUGCAGCCUCCUGUGGCUUAUCUUCUUCACAUCUUUGCCAUCCUCAUGUUCCUCCUAUCAGGAGUAGAGUUUUGAGUCCAAAAGGCACUGCUAUCAACUUGAAAAAGAGUCAUGGCAUGUCUCUUCCAGCCAUUUCUUUGGGAAGAACAUAUAUCCCAUUGUUGACUGCUGUUCCAAGGAAAACAGAUAAGCCAUCACUGAUUGCUGCUUUGGGAAAAACAUAUGCCGCACUGACAGCUGAUUCAUCCACAUAUUUUUCCGGUGACCGAGAUCAUCUCACACUCAAAACUCCUACAUCUCGUGGAUCCAAUUCGAAGAUCCGUGGUCAAGCAUACAUAUAUCAUUCUUCUGGCUUUCGAAUCCCUGCAAAUGCAGAGAAGCCAGAAUGGUGGUGGAGGACACUAUGUUGUAUUCCCUAUCUAAUUGCAUUGCAGAUGUCUGCAACUGGGUUUUAUCUUGAACCUUUACUCGAAAAAUUCCCACUUUUCCAAAAUCUGAUCUACUAUAUCCCCGGAGCCGUCAACAGACUACCAACCUGGUUCCCCAUACUCUAUUGCUAUUUGGCCAUCAUUGGAGUUGUAAAGAACAGUAGAUUUCCCCUUCUCUUCAGGUACCAUGUAAUGAUGGGAAUGCUACUCGAAAUCGCGCAGCAGAUAUUCUGGGUCACGUGCAAUUUCGUGCCACUUAUACACUUCAAAGGGACACUUGGUAUGUAUUAUUGGGGUGGUGUGGCUUUGGCAUAUAUUCUCAUAUUGGGAGAGUGUAUAAGGUGUGCACUUCUGGGUACCUUUGUGAAGAUCCCUGUUAUUAGUGAAUCAGCAUUCAUUCAUUCUCUAUAUGGUUUAGGAUUAAGGUAGUGUUGUGAGUGAUCAAGAAAGAGAGAGCAUAAUGUACUUGUAUGUGGAUUUUGCAGCUGAAAGCAAGGAUGUUAUGGUUGGUUUGACUUUCUUCCAUUACAGUUACAAUAUGAAUGGUCAAAUAGAUGAGGGGCUAUAUAUUCUUUCUGAUAGAGAA